AUGAGUUCGCCGGAUGUGGUGUCGCUGUUCGAAUCGUUGGGCAUUCUCCUCGCUGCUCUAUCUGGAACCGGGAAGGGAUUAGAGGUUCUUUCAGCUGAUUCGCAUGAAGGGUUAAAGGUCAAGCUGGGCCAAGCGCUCUCCGCAUAUCUGCCCCUUUGCGUUGAGGUGUCGUUACCUCUGCGUAACAGGUUGGAUGGCCUUCAAAAGGAAUUCAAUUUGUAUGGGGAACGGGCGCCAAAGUCCUUGGAUGUUCCAAUGAUGGAGAACAUGAAUGUUAACGCUCUGCAAUUUGAGGCGUCCGUCAUGGACGGGCCGGUCAUCAACUCGAGAGCAGGUCUCUACGUCUUUAUCAAUGCAAUGCUCGUGGGCCGGCCCCUAGUGGAUGAUAGUAUGCUCAUCAACUAUCUUGCCAAUCGAUACGGAGGACACUACGAAGCUCUCAUUGAGGAAAUCCUCACCGCUGCUUUUGACGUCCUGUCAAACGGCAUGUAUCGUAAUGAAUCCAGUCGGACGAUGUUCGUCUUUCGCUCCUUCUUAGUGAACAAGCUGCCCGCGUUCUUUGCAGCCAUGCUAGCGUCGACCAUGGUCUCCAUCCCAAUGGAAAUGUGCAUCAGUCAUGCAUUGAGCCGGCUUGACCCCAACACAUUCCCGUCAUUCUCGCAGAUGUUCGAAAUGCAGGGCAACACGGUCCUGUCCGACGUGCGGCAGGAGUUUUUGUUCGCCUGUGCCUCGCACAAACUGAUUCCUGAAUCCAGCAUAGAACGCUUGCUGGGUGAGAAUCCCAUGCAAACUCUUCCUGUGGGCUAUAACAAGGACGAACUGGUGUCGCAGAUCAACGCCAAUCCUGAACGUGCGGAGCAGUUGAUCAACGAGAUUGAGUCUAUGGAGGGAAAUGCAGGAGCGAUUAUUGGGGCAAUCACAGAGGUCAUGCAUAAUCUCUGCAACCAAAAGGAAACCAUGACAUUGAAGAACAUAUGCAAUUCGCUAUCUAGGCGGCCUCAGGCGCUGGACGUGGUUUUGAUUUUCCGAAACCCAAAGCAGGUUCUGCAGCCGCUCUGCGCUUUACUGGACUCGUGGCACUGGGACGAGGACCAAGGAGAGUACCAACCGGUGUACGAUGAGUUUGGAAGCAUUCUCCUGCUGGUGCUGGCCUUCAAGUACCGGUUUGAUCUGCGACCAGCGGAUCUUGGGAUCUCAAGCAAUGAUUCCUUUGUUCUGAGACUGCUCGAGCGAGGAACCUGCAGCCAGAAACUCGAUGCUCUCGAUGAAAAACAGAACAAGAAUCUGGGCUCCUGGAUUGCGGCUCUAUUUAUCGCCGAAGGCAUCAGUGAGGAGACCAUGUCGGCGUGCAGUCCACAGGAGUUCUACUUGCUUGUGGCUACACUGUUCAGUCAGAGCCUAGAAGCAUGUGAGACCGGAAAGCUCGAGUUUGAUACUUUGAAAGGGGGCUUUGAAUACCUGCUUGAGCCGUUUCUGUUACCGUCUCUGAUCUUCGCGCUGACGUGGUUGGGGGACCAUAUCUGGGAGACGGAACUCGACCCCUCAAUUCCCCUAAAGGCGCUACAGUCCUUGGUGAAUCCGAGUUCGAUCUCCGGCGAAGCCAGAGAGAUCCACCGGACCGUGCUGAACAUCACUGCCCGCACGCUGGAAGAGCAGCUCAAAGAUGUCCGCACGCGACACCCGUCGCGCACCGACAUCAAACCGAUUCUCGACUCCCUGGAGCCGUGCCUAUCGUUCCAGCUGGUGGGCAGCAGCCACCGCUCCGAACUGGAGAGUUGGACGACGCAUUCCGGCGGCGGCCUGCUAGGCGGCAUCCGCAGCACGUUCCAGUCGCUGGUGCUAUGGAGCACAAACCCAGAGGUCAGCAUGGCACCUCCUCCGUACACCCAUCGCCAGCUGAUCGCAGGCGUGCGGAUGCUGGGGGCGUCGCGCGUGUUACCUCCGCUGAUCGAGGAGCUGAAGCUCCAGACCGAGGCAGGCAACGGCCCCCUGGCGCUGGACUUGGCCGCGACGCUGAUCUGCGCGCCCAUGGCGGAGACCUUUUCUGUCGAGCAGAACAGCCACCAGCCCGUGGACCCGAACAAGGAGGCGCUGCCGCGGUGCGGGAUCCUGACCCUCCGCGACGUGCUGGCGCUACAGCACGAGAACGUGCCCAAGAUCUCCGAAAAGGACCCCCUGCGCGCGGAGGUGCUCGUGCGGUUGUACCGGCGGGUCAACGCCCUGCUGGCGCCGCCGUCCCAGGUCCCCAACCUGGACGUCAACAACAUCAUCCAGAACAUGCAGCUGGGGGGUGUUGGUGUGGGUGUGGGCGCGGGCCAGAUGGAGCUGGAUGCCGCGGGGGCCGCCGACCAUGGGGUCGGGCCCGACGAUGCAGAGAACAUCCAUCGCAUGAUUGACAAUGCGGCGGCGGCAGCGGCCCUGGAUUCGUCGGGGACGGGGCUCGAUACGAGUAUCGAUGAUGUACUGAACGCGGCGGAUAUGGCGGUUGGCAACCCGGAGUUUUUGGAUCUGGAUAUGGAGGGGAUGUUCUAG